AAUACAGGGGUGGAAGUGUUGCUAAAUCAAAUAAAAGGAGUUACUAUCCUCCUUUUUUUAGCUUUUUUUGUCUUAACUCUCUCAUUUUUCAGAACUCGUCCAUUCCAGGGCGAGUUCAGUCACGUUCAGCCAUUCACCCGACACCACCCAGACCUGAAGUUUCUUUACAACAACGCAGUGAGCAUUAUCCCCGUGUAGGAUGUCCUCUGAUCCUCUUGACUGAAGCUGUUGUAAACACAAAAAAUAGUUAACCGAUCAGAGACAUGAGACCCUCCGGUGCUGCAGGAACUCAUUGGGGGUUCUUCUGGAUUUGUGUUUUCUGGUUCAACAUAGCUUCCUGCUUUAGUGCCAAUGAUCUGGUAAACCUGCAGACCACAGAUGGGACAUACGCACAGUGUGGAGACAACGUGAUCCUGACGUGUAAUGCCAGCUCGCCUCAGCCGUGGAACUUGAAUAUAAAAAAGUUUGUCUGGCAGUUCGGAAACACAACAAUGUGCCAGUUUGGAGCGGACCAAGACGACGAUCAGUUUAAGUGUGAAAGCACGAACACCACAUUUAAUCGCAUAAUCUUUCUGACGCUUUACAACGUGAUGCCGACCAACGAAGGAAACUACCUCUGCAAGCUUUACUCCACCAGCGGGUCCUGGAACGGUGGAAGUCAGCUGAGGGCAGAAGAAUGCCUGGAGAGCACUGAAGCCUCCUCGAACGAGAAUUACGCUGAAUGCUCGUUUGAUGGGGUCUACCCCAGCGGAGAGGUCCACUGGUUCCAGGGAGACACCAACGUAACCGAAGAGGCUUACACACACAAAGAGAAGGACGAAUCUGAGCGCUUUAACAUCCGGAGCGUGAUGAACCUGAAGAAUAAUGGUCUGGGCGAGCCUUAUAACUGUUCCCUGUGGAUCCCGUCUCUGGGCAGGUACAUCGCCACUGAAGAAGUUUCAUCAGGUGGUUCGGUCAGACUCCAGUGGAUCUGGCUGGUUGUUUCUCUGAUGAUGAGUUUUAUCGUGUAAGAUUUCUCAAACGGAAGUGAGCCACUGACAGCUGCAUGUGAGUUUUGGGAAAAGUUGUUUCACCUUUUAAAUGUUGCCAUUCCUGUUCUUUCCUUUGCAUUUGAAACUGAUGAAAGAGCAUUUUUCAUGUGUUUUGCUGGAAAACUCCACUUGGUGGCAGCAUGGUGUUUAUUGCUAAGCUUUAACAGAAAGGGGGAAAUGUUUCUGCACAGGAUUUGGAUGUUUCUUCUUCUGUUGGUGUUUUUUCAUGUGAACCUUGAACGAUUUCUCCUUUUAAGGUAGAUCAGAUAAAAAUAUCUGCUUCAGUCUUCUUUUAAAUAUGAAAAGACCAAACAGUUGAUGUCCUAAAACGUGUUUACCACUUAGCCACUGAUACACAACUUAUCCAUUGCUGUGAAAGAUGGUGUGUGUUCAGAUUACAGUUCAAAUACAAGCUGUUACUACCUUGUUGUUAUAACAGUUAUUCUCCACAAUACUCCUCUGAAUGUAUUAAAACAUGCAUCUAUCUGCUUUCUGCAUGGAACUGAGAUUGCAUGAAAUGUGAUGAUUUUGCCAAAUUUGGGCUAUUUUGAUUGAUCUUAGUCACUGACCAUAGCUUUCUUAACAACCUCUGUUUGGAGAAAUAAAGUUGACGUCUCACAAGA